AUGAACGUCCCAAUGUCAAUUGCCGCAACCAACCAUGAUUUACACGACAUCUGGUCUCGCUUGACCUUCGAUAUUACCUGGAAGAUCCUUUCGCAGCUGGAUCAGUACGACAUUAUUGAACUCAUGGCCGUGUGUCGCGCUUGGUGUGAGCUUGUUCCGCAGUACAGCACUCGUCUCUUUCGUAGCGUCACAAUAUCAGGUCGAGAACAACGUCUUCGUUUGCAAAAGCUCAAAGCCAAAUGCCUCGGUCCCCAUGUCAAGUCUGUCAUUGUCGUAUUUCACAAGGGAGACACGGCGUUUCGGGAGGACAUUGAAGAACUUGAGCGGUUGACGUGUGGAUCGUAUACGACAGCAGUUUUAUGCUAUUGCAGCUCAUACCAAUUGGAUGGAUUUCUUGAUACACUACGAUUACUCGGCAACCACCUGACACGCUUGAUCAUCAGCCAUCACAUGGCGCGCAACCUCAACUUUUACGAUGUGAUGGCAGCAUGUCCAAAGCUCACCUACUUUGAGUUUGAGCAACCAGGCACCUUACUAUCAGAAUGCACGUUUGGAGAACAAGGAACCACGUAUCCAUUGUUGACCGAUUUGUUGCUAUUUGGAUCAUUGAACCCAAGUUUUCGAUUGGAGCCAAUAUUAGCAAGAUGUCCCAACCUUCGAUUCUUAGCGUUUACAGAAAGCAUGUGGCGUCCAGCUCUAUUGGGAGAGGAAUUACCAACAUUAUUACGGCAUUGUCCAAAGUUGAAUUCUGUAUCAUUGGUGGAUGAUUCUGCUAUCGAGACUGUCAAGGAUGGAUUGGAUCGUAUCAUCAAAAGCAAUCGACGUCAUGGUGAUGAAGAGCAACAACAUGGGCUGGAUGAAUUGACUAUGGAUCUUAGUGGUGCCACAUUCGUUGCCGUGGAUACAUCCAUCACCAUAGCCGAGCAUUUGUCCACCUUGAAAUCACUCAAACUCCAAUAUUGUCUAUUCAAGGGCAAUUCAUUACCAGAGAACACCAUCACCAGCUGCAUGACAACACUCGAAUUUCGAAACGUGCUAUGUAGCGAUGCAAGUUUCAUUUCUUUGAUCAACCGAUGCCCAAUGCUGGAACACGUGCUCAUUGAGCAACACGCUAUGUUGUUUACACCAUCAUUAGCAAGAGCCGUUGGGAGCCUGCUCCACCUACAGCGCUUGUAUUUGAUACCCACGUCCACCGAUCGAAUGGAUAUACCCCGUACAGUCGUCGAUGCCUUGGAUAUUCUAUUUCGUACCAUGAAAGACAACCAUGUCGACCUUCACACCCUACACAUUCGUGGCAGAGAUGCGCCUAUUGAUGAUGUUGUAUUGGAAAGCAUUGCAUCUUAUCUCUCCUCCUGCUGCACAACCAGCAUCCAACACCUUGCCAUUUCAAGCCCUUACUGCUCAUCCCAAGGAUUGGACUCGUUUACUGCCAAAAUCAGACAUCUUGAUCAUCUCCUAUCCUUACAACUACAACACUUUGAAUCAAUGAUCUCCAAAGUUACGCUAUCUUUUAUUGCCGAGCUACCAAUGCUUGAGAGAUUGGUUCUGAUAUCAUGUUGGAAUGUCAGUGGCGAAGGUCUUUGUGUAUUUGUUCAACGCUCACGCAAACUCAAGAGCAUUCGAGUGCAACAAUGUUCAUUUAUUGAUGUGAUGCCAUGGAUUGAAGAAGCUGAGAAACGUCUAGGAUCAUCCUCUGUGUACGCUGAUGAAGAUAUCGCCUUGUCACAACCCCCUAAUGGAUUCCGUGAUUGGUUGUUUUAA